GGUUCUGGAUCAGAUCCGUCACAUAAUCCUUUCCAGACUUCCGCUUGCCGCUAAAGACUAGAACUAGUUUGGGUCCAGAGACUCGGUCCUCCAUCUGUCAUCGGUACCGAACCGCUCCUUCAGUCCGUCUCGCCACAGGAACCGGUACCGUAACUGUUCGAGUCCAAUAAGUGUCCGAUGUUCAGCCCUGACCGGAAGUUCCGCUGAGCAGAACCUCCAACCCAGAUGAGUCGUGGUCCCGGUUUGAAACGGACCGGGUCGGCUCGGUUCGGUGUCCUCCGGGUUGUUCUGACAGGAGACUGAGACCCGAACAGCGUCUCACGUUAUUUACGGUACCAGGUGACCUGGUCCGGUCCGGACUGAACCACUGAUGUGGGUUUGGGGGGGCGGGACCUCCGAGGCUCGGUCUGGAGCGAACCGAUCCUCUGUUCAUGAACAGGUGGUAGACAUGAGACGGGACAGGUGGGGGACAGGUGGGGGACAGGUGGGGACACGUGCACCCCUCCAACAACCUGAGUCUUUAGCUGUUCCUCUCCGGAGCGAAGCCCCGCCCCCUCCAUCUUGUUUCAGUCCGGCCUACGUCAUCACCUGCGAACCAAGAUGGCGGCCGCCGUGUUUGUCAGUAAACAAAGUCUGAGAGCGUCCAGAACCAGAACCAACAUUCUGCAGUCAUGGUUCCACAGGUCUGCAGCUCCUCGGUCUGGUUCUGCUCCUCACUCGAGGUUCUUCCCUCCAGCUGAAGGCGUCAUGCUGCCAGCAGGAAGCUUCAACAACAAAGUGGCCUUCAUCACAGGGGGUGGAACUGGACUGGGUCAAACCAUGACUGCUGUUCUGUCCCAGCUGGGAGCUCAGUGUGUCAUCGCCAGCAGGAAGUUGGAGGUUCUGCAAAAAACAGCAGAGGAGAUCACCAGCCUGACUGGAAACAAGGUCCACGCGGUCCAGUGUGAUGUCCGAGAUCCUCAGGCCGUGUCUCAUUGUGUGGACCAGAUGGUGUCACUGACUGGACUUCCUGAUGUCAUCAUCAACAACGCAGCAGGAAACUUCAUCUGUCCAACAGAACGCCUGUCUCCAAAUGGCUGGAAGAGCAUCACGGACAUCGUCCUGAACGGGACGGCCUUUGUCUCUCUGGAGCUCGGAAAGAGACUGAUCCAGAAUCAGAAAGGAGCAUCCUUCCUGGCUAUCACCACUAUCUACGCUGAGUCCGGUUCUGGGUUUGUGGUCCCAAGUGCAUCAGCAAAGGCCGGAGUUGAGGCUCUUUAUAAGUCCCUGGCUGCAGAGUGGGGGCGCUAUGGUCACAGGUUCAAUAUCAUCCAGCCUGGACCAAUCAAAACAAAGGGAGCUUUCAGCCGUCUGGACCCGACCGGAACCUUUGAGGAGAACAUGAUUGAUCGCAUCCCAACAGGUCGACUAGGAAAACCAGCAGAACUAGCAAACCUGGCAGCUUACCUGAGCAGUGACUACGCCACUUGGAUAUCUGGAGCCGUUGUUCGCUUUGAUGGAGGAGAGUUUGUGUCGAUGGCGGGAGAGUUUAACGAGCUGCGCAGGGUGACUCCGGAUCAGUGGAAGAUGAUGGAGACCAUGAUCAGAAGCACUAAAGGAUCCUAAAAACACGGUUGGACCACAGCAACCAAUGAGAGUGCAGAGGCCCCGCCCCCUACGGUUGGACCACAGCAACCAAUGAGAGUGCAGAGGCCCCGCCCCCUACGGUUGGACCACAGCAACCAAUGAGAGUGCAGAGGCCCCGCCCCCUCCUGAUGUGUACAGACACAUCAGACAGUUUGAAUUGAUGACUUACUGAAGUGAACAACAGAAAACAUUGUUUCAUAAUAAACGAGUCACUCUGU